GUCAAGUGCAAUGAACAUGAGUGGAUUGAGAAGCUCAGCAGGAAAAUGUCUGCAGUUGACCAAGAAUGGUAUACGUAGUUCCAGUUCCAGUUCUACGAUGUCCAGUGAUGCAAGGCCAGUGCUCUACUCGUAUUUCGCCAGUUCGUGUUCCUGGCGAGUGCGCAUUGCAUUGGGCUUGAAGGACAUUCCGUAUGAUAUCAGGCCAACCAAUCUGAUCAAGCCCGAUGAAACCUACUGCUAUACGAAUGAGUACCGGGAGAUUAAUCCCAUGCAGCAGGUGCCAGCACUCAAAAUUGAUGGCCAGACACUGUGUGACUCCGUGGUGAUUAUGCAUUAUCUGGACGAAACUCGACCCCAGAACCCGUUGCUGCCGCAAGACCCGCUGAAACGUGCCAAGGUGCGCGAGAUUGUCGAGAUAAUUUGCUCAGGCAUUCAGCCAUUGCAGAAUCGCAUCGUUCUAGAGCACCUGGGUAAGGAAGCAAGCAUGGCGUGGGCGCAGCAUUGGAUAUCACGGGGUUUUCGUGGCCUGGAGGGAGUGCUUGCCACUUCCUCUAGCAAGUACUGUGUGGGGGACGAGAUCUCCAUGGCAGAUUGCUGUCUUGUUCCACAGGUUUUCAAUGCCAGACGAUACAAAGUCAACCUGGAUGCAUUUCCGAAAAUUGUGGAGCUCGAUCAGAGAUUGGCAGCAAAUGAAAUUUUUCUUGCCUGUCAUCCUCACCGUCAGCCCGACUGUCCAGCCAAGCUGGCCAAUAAAUAAAUUGUAAUCACUAUCU